GACAGGUAGAUGUCACGUGUCGUUCUGACAGGUGACAUAUAACCAUAUUUUUUCACAUUUCAAACAUUCAAUAACAUCAAAACAAUAGAAUACUCAAAAUGUCCAAAAAAGGAGUAAGUGCUGAAGAGAAGAAAACGCGAAUGUUGCAGCUAUUCUAUGAAAGAGGAGAAUGUUUUCAGCUGAAGGAAUUGGAGAAAAUAGCUCCAAAAGAAAAAGGAAUUGUAGCAAAUUCAGUUAAAGAUACUAUUCAAAAACUUGUAGAGGAUGGCCUUGUAGACACAGACAAAAUUGGAGGGGCAAUAUAUUUUUGGGCAUUCCCAAGCAAAGCAAUACAUUCAAGAAAAAGGGUUUUAGAAGAUCUUCAAUGUAAGCUUGAGGCUUCAAAUAAAAAAUUAAAACUAAUAGAGAAUACAUUACAUGAAUCAAAAUCUGAGGAUGUUGAUGAACAAAAAAGGACUGCCUUAUUAGAAGAAGUAAAUGAUAAAGAGGUUGAAUUGAAUGUGUUACAAAAUAAAUUGAAAGCUUGUAAAGAAAAUGACCCUGUGAAGAUUCAAACUUUUGAAAGAAAAUGCGAGGUAUGUCAAACACUAUAGUUUUGUAUGACAAAUGUCACAUGAUCAAUAUUUACUGUGAUGCGUGAUCAUGCAAUUAGAAAGUGGAUCUCCAUGUAACCUUAUAAAUCAGCAAUAACUGUAGGCAUAAUGCUAAAACAGGUUAUCCUUGGUUGCAGUAUGUAUUCAUGCUUUUAUUAUCACAGAUGAGGAUCAUAAUAAAAUUUGUAUCCAUUUCACAAAUAUAGAUGAUUUAUGAAAGGAAUUGAAAAAUGCUACUAAUCGUUGGACGGACAACAUAUUUUCUAUGAAAUCUUGGUGCCAAAGAAAAUUUAUGAUAGAAGGCAAGGUUUUGAAUAAACAGUUCGGAAUUCCUGAGGAUCUGGAUUACAUAGAAUAAAGUGUCGUCGUAUAAAGUUAUUUUGAUACUAUUAUGAAUUAGUAUAAGUGUAAUAUACAAUCUUACCAUUUGACUAACA